CAUAAAAUAAGAAAAAUGAUAGCUAAAAUGAAACACAAGAAGCUGCCGCCUGGUGUCCAACAUGCAAAGAUAAAGUUAGAUGAAGCGUGCCCAAAAGGGACUAUCCCUGUUCUGAGAGUCGUAGACAAAGAUCUAUCAAAGAAUGUAUCAAAUUUAUAUAAGCCUCAAUCAAAUGAAUGGAAUCAGAAUUUAGAAUUUGCAGGGAUAUUUACACAAACAACCCCAGACAAAAAAUAUCAAUCAAAUUUGGCAACAAUUAGUGUAUAUAAUCCACAAGUUGGACCUCACCAAUAUAGUUCAGCUGCGAUCUCAGUUGAAGCAGGAAAUGGAGCUGACUUCAAUCAAAUACAAAUUGGGUGGACUGUGUACCCAGACUUAUUCAAUGGCGAUACACGCACCCAUUGGUAUUUUAAAAUGAUUAAUAACGGCAAUUUGUCAGGAUGUUAUAAUCUCAAUUGCUUGGGCUUCGUACAAACUAAUACCCAAGUUGCAAUUGGCACUGCUAUGGAUAAAGUCUCUAAAUACAGUACUGAAGACCAAGUUGUUUUCCGUUUCAGCAUUAUUCGUGACGAAGGAAGUGAAGUAAGAAAUGCUUCAUGGUGGCUGGUUGUUUUUAAUGAUGAUAAUGAUUAUGAUCCGAUUGGGUAUUUUCCUGCCACACAAUUUAACGAGUUAGCUGGAGGAGCAGACAAAUUGCAAUGGGGAGGCUAUGUUCUCAGUAGUAGAGAUGAUAAUACCAGCCCUCCUAUGGGCAGUGGACAUUUUGAUAAUGGCGUAUAUCAACGUACCUGUUUCAUGAGUCAAGUUGAACUUGUAGAUCACAAUUUUGACUUAGUUGAUUCACCAACUGGUGUUCAAACUGCCAUGUCCCGUUGUUACCUUGAAGGAGAUGAGUCAUACAAAAACGACGGCAAAACGGGUUAUAGCUUUUGUUUUGGCGGAACCGGUGGCUCCCAGUCAGACUGUGAACAAAUUGUAUAUAUGUAA